AAAAUUUCAAUGUUAAAUAUUUAACAACCGUUCAAUAUAUUACUUUUCCAUUAUUUUUAAAAAAUUAUGAUUUAUUAAUAUCAUCAUUUAAAAGCUCAGGGAAAACAUUAGCUUAUAUGAAUUGUCUUGUACAUAAAAUAAUAAUACAAAUAAAUAAUAUAAAAAAAAAAACAAAUAUAAAAGAUAAUUAUGUUUUAGGUUUAAUAAUAUGUCCAAAUGUUAUAUUAGUUGAACAGUCAUAUGGAAUUUUAAAAAAAUUAAUUAUGUAUCAUCCAUAUAAUAUUAUUUGUUAUAAUAUGCAUGGGAAGAAAUAUAUAAAUAUACAAGAUGAAAUAAAAAAUUUAAAAAAAAUAAAACCACAUAUUAUUAUAACUACACCAGCAUAUCUAAUCAAUUUUAUAAAAUAUUUCAAACAAUUUUCACAAAUCUUCUUUUUAUGUGAUACAUUAAUAAUUGAUGAAGCACAUUUUCUUCUAGAUAAUAAUUAUAUGAAAAAUAUAUUAAUAAUAAAAAAUAUAUUACCAAAAUCUCAUCAAACUAUUUUAUUAACAUGUAUUGUUAAUAAUUUUCUUAAGAAUGUAGCAUAUAGAUUUUUAAGAUUGCAUUAUAUACAUAUAAAUUUAAUAAAUAAUUGUAUAUAUGAUCAUAAAGAAUUAUUAGAUCCUUCUACAAAUCAACAAUACCAUGAAACAAACAAAAAUAUUAUUAAAAAUCUUCAGAAUAUUAUAAAUAAUAUAAACCAUAUGAAUAAAAGUAAAUAUCAAGGAAUUGUUCAAAAUGUUUUUAAAAGACUUAUAAAUGUUAAUCUUCAACUAUAUAACGAAUUAAAUAACAAACAUAUAUAUCCACCUAAUAAUAUACUUUAUUGUGAUAAUAUAGGUAAGUUGUGGUAUCCUAAAGAAGCAAAUACAUUUUUUCAAAACGUACAAACUCAAUAUAAUUUACACAAUGAUAAUAUUACUCUUGAAGAAAUAAAAAAUAACAACAACAACAAUAAUAAUAAUAAUAAUAAUAAUAAUAAUAAUAAUAUGGACAAAAAUGAUGAUACACAUAUAUAUGAUUCAUCAAAAGAAUCUAAUUAUAUCUUACCACUUUCAGAAAAAGAAAUGAAAAUCAAAAAAUUAAAAUUAUCUAACAGUGAUUAUAAUAGAUAUCAUUGUUCUCAUCAUAAUAAAAAUGAUAACAAAUAUAUACCUACACAUGUACUCUUAAAACAAGAAUAUUUAAUAUAUGAAUCUAAUAAAUUAUCAUUAAUAUUAUUUAAUAUUAUACAUAACGAAUUAAUAACAAAUAAUAAUAUAAAUAUUGUAAUAUUUAUGCCUACCGUAAAAAUCUUACAAUUCUUUUAUGUUAUAUAUAAACAUUAUAUUUUUAAAGGAUAUAUAUUCUUAUUAUAUUUAAAAUUAAAAAAAAUAAAAUGGAAACAACCACAAGAUAUUAAAUCAUAUCUUUCACAUCAUUCUACCUAUUAUGAUAAAGAUAGCGUAAAUUUUACUGUCUCUUCAAAUCCUUACAUAAUAACAAAUGAUACCACAAGUUAUCAAAAUUGUAAUGUUAUUAAUUCUUAUGACCACAGCGUAAAUACAAAUCACAUCAUCAAAAGUGACGAGGUCACUAUUAAACAAAAUGACGAGGUCGCUAUUAAACAAAAUGAUGAGGUCACUAUUAAACAAAAUGAUGAGGUCACUAUUAAACAAUAUGAUAAUUUUACAAAUGAACACAUGUGUAAUUAUCUUUUAAAUUAUAUACAACAAUGUACAGACGAAUAUGAAGAAUUAAAAGAUAUUUCUAUUUUAUCAUUACAUAGUAAAAUGAGCCUAGAUAAAAAAAGAUACACUUUAAAUUGUUUUAACGGUACCAACCUAGAUAACGAAGAUGAUGAAAAAAAAAAAAAAAAAAAAAAAAAAAAAAUCUUAUUUGCCACAUCAUUAUUACAUCAAGGAAUAGAAUUAAAUAAAGUUAAUCUUGUAAUACAUUUAGGAAUGUGUAAAAAUGUUGAUGAAUAUAUUUUAAGAACUAACAUAGUUACAACAAAAUAUACCAGAGGUAGGAGUCUAUUAUUAUUAAAUGAAUUAGAGGCCCACUAUUUAUAUAUACUCUAUAAAAAUAAUAUUCCUAUUACUGCUAUAAAUAAAAAUUAUAUUAAUCUUGUUUAUAAAAAUAAUCUAUUGUUACAACAUUUGUUAAAUUAUAAAUAUGAUAUGGGAACACAUGAAGUGGAAAAUAUAAACACAGAUAUAAAACACAAAGGUGACAAAAAAAUGAAUGACACUAAUAAAAAUAUUGAUGAUCAGAAAAAUAUAUAUCAUGAAAAUAAUUCUUCUAUUCAAAUACAAACCUUUAAUAAUUAUUAUUAUAAAAAAGAUGAAAACAAUUUCUUUCAAUAUAAUUACCACAAUGAAAAAGAUUAUAAAAAUAUUUUUUUUACAUUUAAUAUAAAACAUAUAGAAUGGUAUAAAUAUAAGCACUUAUUAUCAUCAUGUGAAUUAAUGUAUAGAUCUUUUCUUGGAUUCUAUUGUGAAAAAAAUGAAUUCUUAAAAUAUGAAAAAUGGCAAGUUCCUAGUCUAAUUAAAAAUAUUAUUUAUUCGUUUGGAUAUUUGGAAAAUUUCUAUAUAACAAAAUGUAUGGCUGCUAGACUACAAAUUAUUAAUGCACCAGAUACGUUCAUAAAAUUUAAUGCAACUUCAAAGAGUGUACUCAUUUCAUCCUUACCAACGUAUAAAAGUUAUAAAUCAAAAACAAACGAAUUUAAAUUAAAAAAGUGUGCAAAUCGAAACUCAACAAAUAUUAACACAUCAAAUGUAAACAAUUAUAAUAAACAUAAUACUAAUUAUGAUCAUCUAAAGGAUGAUGAUCCUUUAAAUGAUUUUAAUUUAUUGAAACCAAAUGAUGAAAACCAAAACAUGCAAACACAUCCUUUAUAUUUUACAUUCCACAAAUAUGUAUCUUAA